UCCUGCACAGAUUAGCUUGUUUCAGAGAAACAUCUUGUAAAAAGGUACAAAAACAAGGCGAGACAGCAGAACGACUCAAUUCUCUGUUUGAAUAAUAAAACUUUGUCAGAGGUCAUGUCUCAGGCACGUUUUAGGACGUGUAAAAACUCUCUGCCUGGAAUAAUCAUUUGUGUCUCGUGUGUUAAAAUGACGUCUCCUCCUCCUCCCUCAUGUAACAACCCACAAUCUAUAAAGAUGUAAAUAUUGUUAGUUUCCAAAGUUUAACAGCUGGACACGAGAUGGCUCCUACCGAAAGGCUUCGAGUCUCCACGUCACACUCAGUGUAAAAGUUUCAUACUGGAACAUGAUUGGCUCUAAACUAGUUGUGAUGUCAUAAACCCUGCAGGUGCGUCCAGGUGUUAAACCGGCUUUCCUCCUUCAGCUGACGGAUACAAAUUCUGCACAGUGAAGGAACAAGAAGCGCAACCUGAAUACUGAAGAGGUGAGUGCACUUCACGCUUCACCAUCAUCGCUUCUAAACACCUGAAGUACUGCAUCCGUCUCAUCCAGGUAUCGAUCCUGACUCGGCUCCCCUCCCUGUGUCGCUGUGGGAGCUGCUGCUGGGAAACACAGCGUGUGAAACGAACAAUGAAGUUGCUUCAUUGUAAUAAUCCGGAUGCUCAGCUCACUAUUGUUCUGGGCUUUAUGUGAGUCAGCUCAGUUCUGUGAGGAAGUCCUGAGUUCUGCCAGCCGUGGAAAGUAACCAAGUACUGGACUUACGUACAGUUUUGAGGUUUUACUAGAGUGAUUACAUUUGAUCUUACUUUAUACUUCUACUCCACUACACCUCAGAGGGAAAUGUAAAACAUUAUCAACAAAUAAAAUACGACGUGUCAUUAUAGAUUAAGCCAGCCAGCAGUAAAUAAAGUCCUUUAAAACGAGCUCCACCUUCACCAGCAUGUAGCAGCAUGAACACAUUAACGCAUCAAUAAUUAUAAUCCUGUGAUGUAAUAUAUAUGAUUCUGAAAUGAGGCCGUUCUGCAUAACGAGUACUUUUACUUUUGGUACUUUAAGUAUAAUUUGGUGCUCAUACUGAUGAGAGCAUGUUAUCAGGUUUGUGUUUUUACGGUUAUCCUAUAAAUUGUUAUAGAAUUAAAUUUUUAGAAGUUUUUUUGUCGUUUUUUCUUUUCUGUUUUUUUUCCGUAUAGUAUUCGAUUGUUUUGCGCAUGUUUGUUUUUUUCCAUCUUGUUGAUUGUUUUAAGCAGACAGCUGAGACAUUUACACCAUCGAUAACUGAUGAAACACGUCUACAUGUAUCUAUAUGAUGGGCAGUUCAAACAGAGGAAACCAAACACUUUGAUACUUGAAACGUUGCUUUUUCACUAACCUUGCAGGUGCAGACAGUGUGACGUCACGCUCCUGUGCACCAGGUGUGCUUUAGACAACAUUCACUUGGACGAAUGCUACUUGUCGGCUGCAUUUGUUGCUUUUCUGUCAUGACCUUUAGCUGCUGGGGACUAAAGUACACAGCUCUGACCCUGGACCAGCCUUGGCAGCAUUUACUAAUCCCCCCUCCGUCCCUCCCAGCCAGAGAAUAAAAACACUUAUGAGGUGACGGCUUCACUUUCCUCCUCUCACCAUGUUCCCUCUGCAGCUGCUCGCUCUGCUCUUCAUCUCCACACCGAGACACGAUGCGAAGGACAAGGAGAGGCAGAGAGAAGAGGAGGAGGCGGACAGACAGACGGGGGGGAGGACAGACGGGAAGUCUGAGCUGAUACUCCGGAGGGGAGACCUGCUGGAGGUUCCCAGGACUCUGUUCACACACUUUGGGAUUUACCUGGGUGGAGGCAGAGUAGCUCAUUUCAUCCCGGACAUCAUGCCCGUCGUCUCCAGUGACCAGUGUCGAAUCAAACAGAUGGUCACCAACAGCAGGCUCCUACUGGGAGUACUGGCCAAGUGUGGCAGUGUGAGGGUGGACUCUGUGGAGGACUUCGCCUAUGGAUCACAGAUACUCGUCAACACCAUGGACAAGGUGUGCAGCCGUGCGGCGCUGCAGGGGGAGGAGGUGGCCAGGCGGGCGGAGAAGCUGCAGGGCCACGUGUCCUACAGCCUGCUGUGGUAUAACUGCGAACACUUCGUCAUGUACUGUCGAUACGGCACCGUCAUGAGCUUCCAGACGUUUCAGUUCUGUAAGACGGCGAGGAAGCUGCUGCUGAGUCGGCGCGUUGCCAAGGCGACGGCGUUGCUGGGGGCGUGUCUGCUGCUCUACCUGGGAGCCGUGACCGCCUGCUCCGCCCUGCUGGCCGUCUUGCUGCCCUUCCUCAUCUGGAUGGCCUCGUGAACACACACACACACACACACACACACACACACACACACACACACACACACACACACACUGAUGGGAAAGGGUGAAGAAACUCUGUAAACAUCAGGAGUGUCUGCAGAGAAUAAUCUGUACAAAUGUAAAAUGAUUAAUAAAGAUUGGGUUUCUGUUGAUAUUCUUGAACUCGUUGCUUUUGCUAGCUGAGGGAUUGUCCUGCGCUGCUGUAAUCCUAACAGACAUCUAAACUGUGUGUGUGUGAAGCAGUUUUAAUGGUCAGAAAGAAACAUUAACGGGACAGAGGGGGGCGUACGCUGUCCAGAUUGUGAAGCCCCUUUAUGAUUUGUGAUAUUGGACUAUUUAAAUAAAACUGACUUGACUUGACGUGAGUUAUAUUUUUU